AUGGGAGAAGAAAUGUGGUAUAAAGAAGGAUUUGAAAGUAAACUCUGCUCUCCUUGUGUAUGUAUGAACUUUGAAAGGCAGAGAGAGGGUGCAGGGAAACACAUUGAAGCUGGAGCUAAGAAGGUUAUCAUUACAACUCCGGGGAAAGGAGACAUCCCAACUUACGUUGUUGGUGUUAAUGCAAAUGCUUACAAUCCUGAUGAACCGAUCAUCAGCAAUGCCUCUUUGCACUACUAA